AUGGCGCCUUCGCCACCACUCAUCGUGACCACUGACCUGGACGGCCCUCAUCCUGUGGCCGACCCAGCAGCGGCAUCACCUGUUACUCCUCAACGCCACCGUAGGCAAGACUCUGAGCUCUCAGAUCCCACCCACUUGUCCCCCGCUGCCGCCCACGGCGUGUCCCUCGCUGGCCACUCACCAAGCCCAUCCGUCUCCACCGCCCUCACUCCACCCUCUCCCACUCUGUCCAACGCCUCUGGUGGCUCUGUCCACUUUUCGGACGAGGCCACCACGCCACUUUCAUCGCCUGCGGACAACCUCGCCCCGAUCGGCGAGGACGGCGACCUCAAGACCCACAAGCGCGACUGGAGUGUCGGCACCUGGGGGUCAUCGGUGGAGAGCGAACCGAGCCGUGACCUUUCCCCGAUGUCUGCCAAGCCCGUCAACGGCGACAUGCACGUCGAUGCCGAGGGCAACAAGGUCGAGGCACCGCCCAUCGAGCACAUUGAUCCAAACAAGGACAACACCGACCCCACUCCGUUCAAGGAGAAGCCCUCGCGCCUCGCCAUGCUCGUUGACCCCAAGAGCUUGAAUGACCUCGAAGCGAUCGGAGGUGUGACUGGUUUGGUCGACGGCUUGGGUACCAACCCGACCAAGGGUCUCACCACCCACGACGGUGCUGCGCCCCGCUCGUCUGCCGAAAGGCCGAACGGCGGGGGCCAGUGGACCGCCAACUUUGACGACCGCCACCGUGUCUACGGCCGUAACGAUCUCCCCGAGCGCAAGAGCAAGAGUCUCUGGCUGCUCAUGUGGAUGGCGUUCAAGGACAAGGUCCUCAUUCUUCUUUCGGUCGCCGCCGUCGUCUCGCUCGCUCUCGGUCUGUACCAGGACCUCGGCACUGACGGCGAGGAGAUUGCCUGCGACAUUACGCCUGAGAACCCUGACGGUCUCUGUGUUGCACCCAAGGUCGACUGGGUCGAGGGUGUCGCCAUUGUUGUUGCCAUUCUUAUUGUCGUCCUCGUCGGUUCCAUCAACGACUGGCAAAAGGAGCGCCAGUUCAAGAAGCUCAGCGACAAGCGUGACGACCGUACCGUCAAGGUUAUCCGUGACGGCAACGAGCAGGUUAUCAACGUUCGCGAAAUCGUUGUGGGUGACAUUGCUCUCCUCGAGCCAGGAGAGAUUGUCCCCGUCGACGGUGUGUUCCUCCGUGGCCACAAUGUCCGCUGCGACGAGUCUGGUGCCACUGGCGAGUCGGACGCGAUCAAAAAGGUUACCUACGACGAGUGCAUCGCCGAGCGCGACAACCUCCAGCCUGGCCAACGCCAAAAGCUCGACUGUUUUAUGAUUUCCGGUGCAAAGGUCCUUGAGGGUGUCGGCGAGUACGUUGUCAUCUCCGUCGGCACCAACUCGUUCAACGGUCGUAUCAUGAUGGCUAUGCGUGGCGAGACCGAGGAGACUCCUCUGCAGAUCAAGCUUAACGCUCUCGCCGAACUCAUCGCCAAGGCCGGUGCUGGUUCGGGUCUGAUCCUCUUCAUCGCUCUCAUGAUCCGCUACUUUGUCACCCUCGGCACCAACCCGGACAGCAUGGGCUCCCACGGCAACCCCGCCACACCCAACGACAAGGCGCAGGCCUUUAUCCAAAUUCUCAUCAUUUCAGUCACCAUUGUCGUCGUUGCCGUCCCCGAAGGUCUGCCGCUCGCCGUCACGCUCGCCCUUGCGUUUGCCACCAAGCGAAUGACUGCCCAAAACCUGCUCGUUCGUGUUCUUGGCUCGUGUGAGACAAUGGGUCACGCGACUGUUGUCUGCACGGACAAGACUGGUACUCUUACUCAGAACGUCAUGUCGGUCGUUGCUGGAUCGCUUGGUGUUCACGGCAAGUUUGUGCGCGACAUCAAGGACAACCAGGAACGCUCCAUUGGCGACACUGAUGGUGCGGCCCGUGACGACUUUUCGUUUGACAUGGACGAGAUGAACGCCGUCGCUUCGCCCGAGCUCCAGACCCUGUUCAACGACGCCAUCUGCAUCAACUCGACCGCGUUCGAGGACAAGGACGAUGCCGGUAACCUUGAGUUUGUCGGCUCCAAGACCGAGACUGCUCUCCUCCGUUUCGCUCGCGAGCUCAACUGGGCCAACUGGAAGACCACCCGCGAGGGUGCCGACAUUGUCCAAAUGAUCCCAUUCUCGUCCGAGCUCAAGGCCAUGGGUGUCGUUGUCAAGAACGCCGAUGGCACCUACCGUCUCUACAUCAAGGGUGCUUCCGAGGUCCUCACCAAAAAGUGCUCGUCCUACGUCGACGUCCAGCGCCAGCCCACUUCUGGCGUCCACACUCAGGCCUUUGACGACUUGGCCAUGAAGAACAUUGAAAAGACUAUCAUCUUCUACGCCGACCAGACCCUCCGUACCCUUGCUCUCUGUUACCGCGACUUCCCCCAGUGGCCCCCCGCUGGUGCCCCGAACUGCGCUAUCGAUGACGUCCCCUUCGAGCUGCUCUCGCGCGACCUCUCCCUUAUCGCCAUUGUCGGUAUCGAAGACCCUCUCCGCCCCGGUGUCCGUGACGCUGUCAAUGAGUGCCAGGGCGCUGGUGUCGCGGUCAAGAUGUGUACCGGUGACAAUGUCCUCACGGCCCGCUCAAUCGCCAAGCAGUGUGGUAUCUUCACUGCUGGUGGUAUCGUCAUGGAAGGCCCCGUGUUCCGCAAGCUCUCCGAUGCCGACCGCCUCGAGAUUGUGCCCCGUCUCCAGAUUCUCGCCCGCUCGUCCCCCGAGGACAAGAAGCUGCUCGUCAAGACUCUCAAGUCGAUGGGCGAGGUUGUCGGUGUGACUGGUGACGGUACCAAUGACGGUCCCGCACUCAAGCUUGCCAACGUCGGUUUCGCCAUGGGUAUUGCUGGUACCGAGGUGGCCAAGGAGGCUUCGGACAUUAUCCUCAUGGACGACUCGUUCUCCAACAUUGUCCUCGCCAUCAUGUGGGGCCGUUGCGUCAACGACUCGGUCAAGAAGUUUAUCCAGUUCCAGAUCUCGGUCAACAUUACUGCUGUCGUCAUCACCUUCAUCUCGGCCGUCGCUUCGGCUUCCGAGUCGUCCGUCCUCACCGCCGUCCAGCUGCUCUGGGUCAACCUCAUCAUGGACACGUUUGCCGCCCUUGCCCUCGCUACCGACCCGGCCUCGCGUGCGUCGCUCAAGCGCAAGCCGGACCGCAAGGACUCGCCCCUCAUCACUGUGGACAUGUGCAAGAUGAUUGUCGUCCAGGCUAUUUACCAGAUCAUCGUCUGUCUUGUGCUCCACUUUGCCGGUCGCCACAUUCUCAACAUGCCCUAUGGAACCGCCGUUGAGCAGGCUCACUCGUCCGCCGAGCUCCGUACCCUGGUCUUCAACUGCUUCGUGUUCUGCCAGAUCUUCAACCAGCUCAACUGUCGCCGUCUCGACCGCCACUUCAACGUCCUCGAGGGCUUCUUCCGCAACUUCUGGUUCAUUGGCAUUUUCAUCAUCAUGGUUGCCGGCCAGAUCCUCAUCAUCGAGGUCGGUGGCGCCGCCUUUACCGUCCAGCGUCUUGGCGGUCGCGACUGGGCAAUUUCGAUUGUCGUCGGCUUCCUCUCCCUCCCUCUCGGUGUCCUCGUCCGCCUCAUGCCCACCCAGCCAGUCGAGACCUUCCUCGUCAAGAUGAAGAUCUUCCCCGACCCCAACCAGCUCCCUGUCACCUCUGACGAAGAGUCCGAGUCGGACGGCUUCAUCUACAACCCUGCCCUGGAGAAGAUCAAGGACAACCUUACGACGUUUGCCAGUAUCCGUGGUGGUCGCGUCAGUGGAUCCUCCCUCGUUGCCGGAUCGCGUCACGCCCAGCUCCGCAAGGCCGACAUCCAGCUCCCCUCGCUCCUCGCCAUGGUCCCCACUCUCAUUGCGGGUGGUAUCGGCGCCGGUCCCAACUGGGUCACCCAGACCAACGCUCUUGGUCUGCGUAACCCUGCAGCUCACGACCCGAGUCGCUCGACCACGGACCUGUACGCCGGUCGCGUCCAGCUCCACCCGGACACGGACCCCAGCGAUCCCCUCUACGCCAAGUUCGGCCUCACCCCGCCGGGCCGCGACGAAAAGAGCUAG